GAUGAGACAAUGGGGUGCGGUAACUAUGACCUGGACUACGAGGGGUACAGGGAAGAUGUCCCCUACAGGGUGUAUGAAUACCGCAGGAUCCCUCCACUCCUCAACCGUGUGCCUGUCAAGAUCCGGAGGACCCAUGUGGGCGUCGGAGUGAAGAGCAGCUUCAGUCCUCACAAGGCCCCCAGGAAUAGCCAACUGCCCCCAGGGCAGAUAAAACUGCGGACUAAGGAGCUGCACUCCAUUAGAGGGGAGCUGAGCCAGAUCAAAGCCCAGGUGGACUGCCUAUUGGAGAGUCUGGAGCGCAUGCACCAGCAGAGGGAGCAGCAUCCAGGGACAGAGGACAGUGAAGACAACAGGGGCCCUGAUAGUAAGGGUUCCUCAUGCAGACCUACUGAGCCCCAGCAGGAGCCCAGGGGCCAGAGCGCCCAUCCAGAGGCAGAAAGCCCCAAGGAGAGCACAGACCCGGAGGAGGCAGUGAAAAAUCACGCAUCUGACCAGGAGGUCGGCCAGUAGAAGGUGGAAGCCCUCCGGGCUCAUUAGCUCUAGGCACCUUCCCAGGUGGCUCCAUUCCUUCCCUCGUGUGGUUUUUCAAAGGCCUCCCGAUCGCACCCACGCAACCAGAGUCUGGAGCGAGGGCAACGGGAAGUGGAGGCACAGCUCAUCCAGACCAGCCAGGAAGCCUCCCUAAGGGUAGCUUUAGCUUUGCAGGUUGUUUCCAGAUGAUAGUCUAGGGACUGGCAGGGACGGGAGGGAGGAGGCACAGAACUGUCCUCAUGAAGGUGAGGCCCAGUCUUGCAAGGAGCAGCUGGACAGCGUCCCCCUGGGAGCACCACUAGCCCUGUCUGACUGCGGGUACUGCUUUGGCUGCUCUUCUCCCCUCCCAAGGCCCCGCCAGUCCUGUCUGGGUGUGGAGCAUCCUAGAGCAGCUGGCCCAGACAGCUUUCUCCAGGCACAGUGGUGCAGAGGAAAUGUACUCCUGUUCCUAGUCGGCCUUCCAGUCUGAAACUGAGAUUUAAGGUCCUCAGCACGUGCCCCACAUAACCCCUUUUGGUUCCAGACUCCCUAUCUACCCUA